GGGAAGAACGUGCGCGAGGGCCCGAAGUCAGGACUCAGGAUCUCGACGUACCGGUCACGAAUUCAUCGCCAAGCUCGAUGUGUGCUCUUCGCAAGCUUCCAGGCUGUACGUGGGGCGGCCUCUGCUCGUCUCUGAGCCAAAUCUCUCAGAUCCAAUCGCGCAGCCACGCCACCGGUUCCGGCAUUUUCGAUCUCCCGGGCUGUCGAAGGGUCCAAUUCCAAGUCCAAGGCCGAGUCCGAGGCGGGGAUGCGAAUUCUCGGAGCGAGUUGAUUUCCCGAAUCCGAGGCGAUGGUGCGAAAUGUCGCAGUUGGAGCCUUCGAUCGUCGUGCUUCGCUGAGUCCUCGAGGCUGCAGGUCGUAGGAGCACGAGGAUUCGGUGGCAGACCUGCUGCUGCUGGUGCUGCUUCUUCUUCCAUGGAGGGCGAGGGUGGAUUGCAGGAGGCGAAAUCGUCGUCGGCCGAGGAGGAGGAUGAAUUUCGGGGAGGGAGAUUUUGUAUAUUGCUGACGGGACAUGCUUCGGAUUACACGCAGAGGCUGUACGGGGGUUACUCGCAGAUGUUCAUCAAGCUGCUGGGAGAUCCUCGAGACAUGUGGGAUGUGUUUCCGGUGGUGGAAGGGGUUUUUCCUGCCGAGGAGGAUUUGGGCAAAUACGACGGCUUCGUCGUGACGGGGAGCCGCCACGAUGCGCACGGCGACGACGAGUGGAUCGUGAAGCUCUGCGCUCUCCUGCAGACUCUGCACGAGAGGCGGACCAAAAUGCUGGGCGUCUGUUUCGGCCAUCAGGUUUUGAGCCGAGCCCUCGGAGGGAGGACUGGGAAAGCUGAAGUCGGAUGGGAAGUGGGCGUGAGGAAUGUUCAGCUGACGGACGCCAUGUUUGCCAAGCCUUAUGCUGCUGGAGCUCCUCCUGUGAUCAGAAUUUACGAGUCGCAUCGAGAUCAGGUCAAAGAAAUCCCCCCCGGAGGCGAGCUGUUGGGAUUCUCGGAGCGAACUGGUAUCGAGAUGUACGCAGUGGGUGACAAUAUUUUGGCGAUUCAAGGCCAUCCUGAGUUUUCUGAGGAUGUUGUGAGGGACAUUGUGGACACUCGGUCUUCCUCGGGAGUGCUCAAUGACGCUGAGACCAAGACUGCCCGAGACACUCUGAAAGAAGGGCCUCAUGAUAGAGAAAUUUUACAACGCAUUUGCAAGCUCUUCCUCAAGGGUAGACGAGUUUAAUGCCAGCCAGCACUCGGUGUAAACAUCGACGAAGGCUUGCUGACAUCCCGUAGAACACUUACCUCGGCCUUGUAACAAGAACAACAUCUGGGCGCCGGGAUCGACACAACGAACACAUCUGGGAUCAAAGAUCCAGGGGUGUCCAAGUCCAAGUCCAAGUCCGUUGUAUCUACUCACUGCUCGUUCUGGCACACAAAGUUCUCGAUAAUCGCGCUGAUUCGUUGAUUUCAGAAGACGCCAGAACCUACAGCAUUGGAAUUGAGAUGUACGACAUACUGACAGACUCGUUAGUUCAAGGCAUAAGUGAAGAUGGUUGGUAGAUUGCCAGCCACAAUGUGUUCGCAGUCUCGCAAUUUGAUUAAGCUCUUCACGUAGACAAGCGCUGUUAGGCGCUCAUUCACUUCUGUGAAGUUCUAGUAAUAUAUUACAGGGAUAGUUUAUCCACCAGAAACGUAUUUACACUUCGGCGUCAACGUAACAUGUAAUGAUGGUUCUUAAGAACUUUUGAAUAAUGACUACGUUUCCGUGAUUUUUGUCUGCAUCAACCAUUGUUUCCAGAGCUUGACC